CUCAGAUGCCUGGCAUGGGCGGCAUGGGCGGCAUGGGCGGCAUGAUGCCCUUGUUGCUUAGCCGUGGUGGUGGCGGCGGCAUGGGCGAGAACAUGGGUCUAAUCAUCCUGUCCUUAUUGAGUCAACAGGCCAGCGGCGGCGGCGGCGGCGGUGGCGGAAUGGCCGGCAUGCUGCCUAUGAUGAUGGCAAUGAGAGGAGGCGGUGGUGGCAGUGAAAUGAUGAUGCCAAUGAUGUUGAUGAUGAAUCAGCUAAGCGCAUCUGGUGGUGGUGGUGGUGGCGGCGCUGGAGGACUGAUGAGCAACCCGAUGAUGAUGUUGCCCUUGCUGCAAGGGGGAGGAGGAGACCAGUUGAUGAGGAUGAUGCCUCUGCUGUUGAUGCAGAACCAGGGAGGUGCAGGAGGCCCCGCGGAUCCAACCGGCUCCUCAGGGGGCGCAGCUGGAGGUAUGGGCGGCAUGGGCAGUAUGGCCCCACUCCUCCUCUCUGGAGCUAUGGGAGCAUAA